CAAAUCCACGGCAGAAAAAAAACCAUGACACAAAGGGUGGAAGCACAAGGAGGACCUGGAGGAGGUUCAUGGGACCAUGGCAUUAACACUGGUCUAAGGAAAAUUUAUGUGGGAAGAGAUGACGCUUGUGUGAGUUAUGUCAAGUUCGAGUAUUUCAGUAACGGUACGUUGAAGUCACAUGCCCAUGGUAUCCAGAAUCAGAAACCACAAGAGUUUGUUGUCGACUAUCCAAAUGAAUACAUCACAUCAGUCGAAGGAGCUUAUGCUCGUGUAGAUUAUGUUAAUGGAAUUGUGAUAACGUCGCUUGUCUUCAAAACAUCAACGGGAAGAAAAUCUCCGAGGUAUGGGAACCAUGGAUUCGUGCUCGAGAAUAAUGGUCGGCAGCUUGUAGGGUUCCAUGGGAAAGCCGGAUACGCUUUAGAUGCCAUCGGAGCACAUUUUGCACCUGACACAACAUCAUCAUCGUGGGCUCCCCCUAGAAAACUUGCAGCACAAGGUGGUCCAGGAGGAGGCCCAUGGGACGAUGGAGUUUUCAGUGGUGUAAGAAAAGUUUAUGUUGGAAGAGAUGAGUCUUGUGUAACUAAAGUCAAAUUCGACUAUGUCAGCGCGGACGGCGAACUAGAAGAAACACGUGAGCAUGGCCGGGUAAAUCAAAAUCCACAAGAGUUCUUGCUUGAUUACCCAAACGAAUAUAUAACGUCAGUGGAAGGAACACAAGGUCUAGUGGUUCGUUAUUCUAACUACGUCGUCACGAGUCUUGCCUUCACAACAUCAACAGGAAGGACUUCGCUAACAUUUGGAGCUACUAAGUUCGUUCUCGAAGACAAUGGUCGUCAGCUUGUCGGCUUCCAUGGACGAUCUGGAACCGUUAUUGAUGCCAUUGGGGCAUAUUUUGCAGCAGCGCCACCAUCUUCUUGA